GAGGAGGAGGAGGAGUGAGUACCACUCUUCCCUGCUCUGCCUUGCUGAAGUAGACUAACAACCACGUCUACAGCUAAGCAGGUCAGACCGAAGUAGAAGACAAGAGACAAUCAAGAUAACAAAGACAAUCGAUGGGUAGAAUGGAGCUUAAACUGAGCUGACAGAUUUGACUGAAAUGCUGUGAUAGUUUUUAGGCUUAUGCAUUCUUGUAGGCACACUGAAGUAUUCUUUUCAUGAAGAAUUCAAUAGGAUAAUAUGUAUUGAUUUAUUACGUUGAAUAGCUAAUUUCAUCGCUCAGUUUUGGAAUAACAUACGGUAACCAAAAGGACAAUUCUGGCAAAUAGGACUUGUCGACUUUUUGCGGUUUCCACGGCUGCAUAAAGUUUUUGUCUAUUUUUUUUCCACACUUCUGUUGUUGUAGCCCACUAUUUUUGUGAGAGUGGCAGUUCUUUUGGACAGUUUCUUCACCAUUUGGAAUGUUACAUCGGCUGAAGAUGUUGAGGUUGUUGUUCGGUGCGCUGGCAAGUAUAUUGUUGGCACAAGGAGGAACGACGGACACAGAAGUGAGACCAGAGAUGUGGUUGCAGCAGUAUGGGUACCUGCCCCCGGGAGAUGUUCGGGCUCAAGCUAUACGCUCCCCUAAGUCCAUUCGCACUGCCAUCUCAUCCAUGCAGAAGUUCUACGGCCUCACUGUCUCAGGGAAGAUCGACCCAGCAACCAUCUCGGCGAUGAAGCGUCCUCGCUGCGGUGUGGCUGAUAAGUUCGGCUCGGAGCUGAAGAGCAACCUGAGGAGAAAGCGUUACGUUAUCCAAGGCCUCAAGUGGGACAAGAGAGAGAUCACUUUCAGCAUACAAAACUACUCCCCUAAAGUAGGCGAGCAUGAGACCUUUGAGGCCAUCAGGAAGGCCUUUAAGGUGUGGGAGAAAGUGAUUCCUCUCAGAUUCCGUGAGAUCCCCUACAGCCACAUCAAGGGCAAAGUUGACAAGUUUGCAGACAUCAUGCUCUUCUUUGCGGAUGGUUUCCAUGGCGACAGUACACCAUUUGAUGGCGAAGGGGGCUUCUUGGCCCAUGCUUAUUUCCCUGGGCCGGGCAUCGGGGGCGACACUCAUUUUGACAGCUCAGAGCCAUGGACAACAGGCAAUGAGGACCAAGGCGGUAAUGACAUCUUCCUGGUGGCUGUGCAUGAGCUCGGCCAUGCCCUGGGUCUGGAACACUCCAACAAUCCAUCAGCCAUCAUGGCACCGUUCUACCAGUGGAUGGAAACUGAGAACUUUGAACUGCCCGACGACGACCGCCUAGGAAUCCAGCAGAUCUACGGAACCAGGACAGGGGAACCGCCUGCUCCUCCCAAGCCCACCCGCAAACCUGACCCGCGAAAGCCCUCUCACGGCCCUGAUAUCUGCGAAGGCCACUUUGACACAAUUGCUAUGUUGAGAGGAGAGAAGUUUGUCUUCAAGGAUAAGUGGCUGUGGCGUGUGCGUGACAACAAAGUCCUGCAAGGAUACCCCCGGCUCAUUGAAAACAUCUUUAAGGGUCUGCCAGACACCAUUAACGCAGCUUACGAACGCAACGAUGGGAAAUUUGUUUUCUUCAAGGAUCAAAGGUAUUGGGUGUUCAAUGAGUACACCAUGGAGAAAAGCUACCCUAAGAGUCUGAAGGAGAUGGGUACUGGGCUUCCCAAAGACAAGCUGGAUGCUGCUAUCUUCUACACUCCCACUGGCAUGACGUAUUUCUUCAGGGGAGACAAAUAUUACCGCUUUAAUGACAACACUCAGUCUGUGGACCCUGACUACCCCAAACCCAUCAGUGUGUGGAAGGGAGUUCCCAGCAACCCCAGAGGCGCCAUGAUGAGUGAGGAUGGAGAAUUCACGUACUUCUACAAGGCCAAUAAAUACUGGAAGUUCAACAACCAGCACCUGAAGGUGGAGUCUGGCUUUCCCAAAUCCGUCCUGAGUGGCUGGAUGCAAUGUGACAGCGAGGAUCCCAAGAAGGGUGAGACCGACGUCUACUUCGAGGUGGACGAGUCCGGGCAGGAGGGGGUCGGAGCCACCGCCGUGGUGGUACCUCUCUUCUUGUUGGCGUGUGUGCUUUGCACCCUGGGAGCUCUGCUGUUCUUCCGCAGAUACGGCACCCCUCGCCGUCUGCUUUACUGCCAGAGGUCCCUGCUGGACAAGGUGUAAAAAGGGAAAGGUACGACACAGACCAGCAAGAGAUAGAUAGAUAGAUGAGACAGACAAAUGAGAGGGCUAUGAGGAAAAAGGGGAGGGUUGGUUUAAAGGAGAAUGGUAUGGUACUGGGUAAAGUAGCAGAAUGGGGGAUGAUGAAGUGAAAGAGGAAGAUGAGGGGGGACUUGAAUGGGUUUUUUUUAGGGGAUAUCGAAGGGGUCAAAGGGGUCAAAGACAAGAAGAGGUUUCUGCUUCAAAGAAAGAUGUCUGUUUAUGUUUAUAUAUUUACAUUGUACAGUUAUGUCUUCUGGCUCUUUGAACAAACCCAAACAAGAGAGAAAUGCAAAGAUUGGAUAUCCAGGUAUUCCCGAGGGGUAUCUCUCAUCAGGUUCUCUUCUAGUGACUGCCCAGGUCCCUUUCCGAAGAUCUCUGUUUCAAACUUGACUCCAGCUGUAUCGCUGUAUGGUUAGCAUUCUUUAUUUUUUCCUCCUUUUUUCUUUUGUAUCUUUUGAUAAGACAACACCAGAAAAUGUCCCCCAUUUGCUUCUCAUAAAUUACCCCUGUAUCAAGCCAUUUGCUUAUCACGAGCACGGUGAGCAGGAGGAGCUCAGUCCAUAUCUUCACCCUUCAGUGCACUUUUGCCCUCAGAUCUCGAAGAGUACAGGACACCAUGCGUGUGUCGACAUGAAUGUUUUUGAGGAGACCACAGAAACACAUUUCUCCUGUUAUUUGGUACGGAUUCUGGGAGUCAAUACAUACAAUUGUUACUGCUUAGCAUUAUGAAGGACAACUUUGAUAUGAGUGUUUACUAGUUACAGUGUGUACAGAAAGGUGUAUGCGCUGUUAAAAGUGCAUUGUGAGUGCCUUCUAGAGACAGACAAACCCUUUAUACUCUGCUACAUGUCUGAACUGGAAAAACUGAAACAUUCCCCAACUCCAAGCAAACUAAAACAUUUGAUUACAAAUGAAGGCCUUUAGCACUUACUUUAAAACAAAACAGAGGUGACAGAAGAGCAAAGAGCAAAUUUGGAUCAAAUUGUAUUCCUUUUUUAUGACUUAAAUGACUAAACAAAUGGGUAUUUAACACUAUCAUUAACCAUUAUUUAAUAUCCAGUAUGAUGUAAUUGUUAGACCUAGUCUGAAAUCAAAGCAUGCAUCAGAUUAGGAUGGUAUUCACCCUUCCAGCAGCCCCCUGCUCUCUCUGCUUCUUUGAGGUGACCUAGGUGGCAGCCAUUUUGUACAGUGAGGGAUAGGUCAGUUGUGUGGAGAGAAUUAAUCAGUUCCUGAUUGAACCCAGUUUAAUGGAUUUCUCUCAGAGUAGAGCAUUUUUGAUUGGAACAAUUUGAAGUAAAUUGUGUUUUUUUUUUUUGUUGCUAUUAUUAUAAUUAUUAUUGUUUUGUACAACUAUUGCUAUUGUUGUGGCUAUUAUGAUUAUUGAUUUUUUUUUUUUAUUGUUCUCCACUUUGUACUCUAAAUGUAUUUCUAUUAGUGUCAUUGCAAGUCCUGCUGGACAGAGGCAUUCCAUGGCAGAUUUUUAAAACUGCUAUCAAACUUGUAUCAUGUUGCUCCAUCGGGUGAGGUGUGAGCGAGGAAAAGCAGGGAAGGUUUCUUUAUGUGAAGCCUGCUUGUGUUCAUAGUAGUUAUCAUGUGACGACAACAAUUGACAUUUUUUUAAAAGCCUGAUGUAUUGUCUAGAAAGAUUCAAAUGCAAAGGAAGCAGCUUAAACCAAUGUUGCUGGUAAUUCUAUUUAUAACGAUUCUGAAGGAAGGGAACAAGUUGUUGCUUGCUACAAUCUUUUUGUAUUUUAUGAAUGCAAAAAUAAAGUUAUUUUCUAAACGUUA